AUGCGCCACUCCACCAGCGCCAUAUAUCUUCCACCUCAAAAAGCCACCGAUCCGGACCUCGUCGCCAUACGUGCAAAGCUCUUUGCAGCUUUCGCUGUAAAGCCGCCUGCUCUUGUGACGCCUCCGGCUACAGACUUGUCACUUCAAUCUACUCACGCUGGUCCCUCCGCCACGGACCAGCGACCUCGCUGCCGAUCUCGAAAUCGUCGAAAACAUCGUCACGGCUCACCACCUCGUGUAGUUGUUGGACCCGACGCUAUUAAUCGUCUGCCAUCUGAGCUGGCUCGGCUGCACUUAUCUUCACCGCUCAUCGUUUCGAGCCCGUCACGACUGAACCUCGCCCGCAAGAUCCAGGCUAUUGUUCCCAACCUUGAUACCCGAAUUCUUAGUUCAUCCGUCGUUACCGUUCCGACCCGAGUCUCUGGCCGAGACUGUGUUGUCAGUGUUGGAGGUGGUUCUGCUGUCACUUUGGCCCGGACUAUUGGUUUACGAAAAGGAAUCCCUCAUAUCUGUAUACCUACGACCUACAGUGGAAGCGAACUCAAUCCAGGUGGCGGACCCAGCAACUCCUCAACUGACGAAGACGACAAGGACGUCAGGAGUUCCAAAACACUUCCUGUUGUUAUCAUCUACGACGACAACCUUACCAUGAGCUCCCCCACCAAAUCUUUGGCACCCAGCGACACGGAAGUCAUGGAGGACCUGGCGCGGGCUGAUCACUCGCCCAAGUCAGAGGACGCUUGUUGGAGUUAUCUUCAUCUCCCCGGCGUCUAA